AUGUCUUUCAAUAAGAAAUAUGCCGGUCUUCCUGACCUAGACCCUUCCCCAGAUAUUUAUGAAACGCCCGACUUGACCGACGAAGCAUCCACCUUGCCCACUGCCACUAUCCGCACAGACUCCGACCAUGAUGAUACACGCUCAAACCCCGACAUCGACCGCGAGGGUGUCAACCCGGACCAGGCGCGUAUGCACUUCAUGGGCGCCGCCGUGGACGCCCGCGACGCCAAUUUCUCAGAUAGCAUUUCCCAGAAGCGACAGGCUUACCGGAGCAAGAGUAUCAGUCGUCGCCGUCGACGGAGACGCGAGGAUGGGGUAGAGGAGGUUGGGGAUCUGAGUGACAGCGAGGAUGAGUCGCUUGAGCGGAGGCUUGCGCGGCUGCGGAGAGAGGUCGAAGAUCUGAAAGUGGAAAUGGCCAACAAAAACAACAGCACAGAUGCUGGAAUUACACCAUCCGAGGGUGCUGCAGCAGCUGAAAAGUCAGGAGAGAACCUAGGCGACGGUGUUGCGGAGCUGAGCCGUGCUCUGGACAAUCUACACGCCUCGCGAGGUGCGACGAGCUCAUCCCACUCGGCUGCGGCUUUGCUUUCCCAGAAGCUCGCACCUCAGACUCGCUCUGCCACAGAUGCAAGGACACAAUCCUCGGCGGAUGCAUCAAAGGCAGCCUCCGCAGUGCCAGCCCAAAAUGCUUCUUCAGCAGGGAUCCUCUCCCACGCAGCAGCAUUUGACAGCCGCCUAGCGCUCCUCGAAAGCUCCAUCGGUAUCUCAAGUUCAUCCAACCCCUUCAUCGCCGACGGCAUCAACGAGUCAACAUCGCACCCAGUCCUCCCAGCUCUGGACCAACUCACCUCCCGCCUCUCAGCGCUUACCGGACUUCUCGUUGGCACAAACCCAGCAAGCGCCGUACCAGGAGUGGCCAAUGCUGCUCCAGGCAUGACAACCCCACACCUGGAAGCCCUCUCUACACGAGUCCGAAAGUUAACCACGGACGCCGAGGCGCUCACCGCAGCCCGCAGAAAAGCCUUUGAAGCUGCAAAGGCCGUCCACAACGCCCGUCUAGCAAGUUCCGACGCCGACGUCGUCCCAGCACUAGAAGCAUCAAUCGACGACGAUCACGCCGCCAAGAUCCAAGCACUCUACACCACCCUCCCAACCAUCCAGUCUCUUCAUCCUCUACUCCCCAGCGUCCUCGAACGUCUGCGCUCUCUGCGCGCCUGCCAUGCCGGCGCAGCUCACGCCGCGGACUCGCUCAACGAGCUCGAAAAACGCCACGCCGAGAUGGCGUCGGAGAUCGAGCAGUGGCGCGAGGGUCUGACGACCGUCGAAGAGAAGAUGCAACAGGGCGAAGCUGCUCUACGCUCUAACGUCGAGACUGUCGAGCCCUGGGUGCGUGAUUUGGAGUCUCGUCUGGCUCGUCUGGAAAGUCCCCCGACACUGUAA